GUUGUUCAGGACAAAUUGAAGGAGUCCACACCGAUAAUAAAUUAUAGAUAGAUAAUUAAUAAUUCUGUCCAAAAAAAAUACUCAGCAGCUCCGCCAUCAAACGAUAUUCGUUUCCAUGACAUGUGAGUCUCUGGCGAAACGGAGAACUCCGGUCCUAUUAUGAGUGGGGCCAGUUGCAAAGCGAACGGCGCCGUGUACCCCGCUUCGUCGGCGGUGAUGAACUCCGUGAAGAAGCCGAAGAUGGAGCAGAUCCAGGCCGACCAUGAGCUCUUCCUGCAGGCCUUUGAAAAACCAACUCAGAUAUACAGAUUCCUCCGCACAAGGAAUUUGAUUGCACCCAUAUAUUUGCACAGGACGCUCACCUUCAUGUCUCACAGAAAUGGCCGAUCAAAUGCCAGAAGGAAAACAUUCAAAGUCGAUGACAUGUUGCAGACCGUGGAGAGGAUGAAAGGAGAGCAGGAUUCUCUAAGUUUGUCAUCACAUCUGCAGUUAACCUUCACUGGGUUCUUCCAUAAGGAUGAAAAGCCAUCUCAGAAUUCAGAAAAUGAACAAAGUUCGGUGUCUUUAGAGGUGCUACUUGUCAAAGUCUGCCAUAAAAAACGCAAGGAUGUCAGCUGCCCAAUAAAGCAAGUGCCUACCGGUAAAAAGCAGGUGCCUUUGAAUCCUGACAGUAACCAAACCAAGCAUGGAUCCUACCCUUCCCUCCUGGUCUCCAGCAAUGAGUUUGAGCCCAGCAACAGCCACAUGGUGAAGUCCUACUCGCUCCUGUUCAGGGUGUCGCGCACAGGGCGGAGAGCCGCCAACGGAUUGGUCAACGGAGAGGCCAACGAGAACAUUGAUGUAGUAGACACUCCGAGUAGAAAGAAGAGAAGUUCAUCCCACAGGGAGGAGGGAGAGGCUACGGAGACCUUUGUCGCUCAGAUGACUGUCUUUGAUAAGAAUAGAAGAUUGCAGCUGCUGGAUGGGGAGUACGAGGUGUCGAUGCAAGGGAUGGAGGACAGCCCUGUCAGCAAGAAGCGAGCCACAUGGGAAACCAUUCUGGAUGGAAAGAGACUGCCACCAUUUGAGACUUUUUCUCAGGGACCCACAUUGCAGUUCAUGCUGCGUUGGACAGGCGAUGCCAGUGGAAAGUCCACUGCCCCUGUGGCAAAACCCCUCGCCACGCGCAACUCCGACAGCUCCAGCCCCAUGGAGACCAGAACCAGCAACCACCGAGCUGCUCUCAUGGCAGUGAAAGAGUCGGUGAGCACAGACAUUAAGACGCGGAAAGAGCAGGUCCUGUGUGAGCCGCGCCAGAAGCUACGUAUAUUUUAUCAGUUCUUGUACAACAAUAACACACGGCAGCAAACAGAGGCAAGAGAUGACCUUCACUGUCCCUGGUGUACCCUGAAUUGCAGCAAACUCUACAGCCUGCUCAAACACCUCAAACUCUCCCACUCCCGCUUCAUCUUCAACUAUGUGCCUCACCCCAAAGGAGCAAGAAUAGACGUGUCCAUCAACGAGUGCUAUGACGGAUCGUACGUUGGCAACCCUCAGGACAUCCACAGCCAGCCCGGCUUUGCUUUCAGCCGCAACGGCCCAGUUAAGAGGACCGCUGUCACUCACAUACUGGUUUGCAGACCCAAGAGGACUAAACCGAGUCUGUCCGAAUUCCUGGAGUCUGAGGACGGAGAGUUGGAGCAGCAGAGGACGUACGUCAGCGGACACAACCGCCUCUACUUCCACAGCGACAGCUGCAUGCCGCUGCGGCCCCAGGAGAUGGAGGAGGACAGCGAGGACGAGAGGGACCCGGAGUGGCUCAGAGAGAAGACGGCCACGCAACUGGAUGAGUUCACCGACGUCAAUGAGGGAGAGAAGGAAGUGAUGAAGCUGUGGAAUCUACAUGUCAUGAAUUUCAUUGCAGACAACCAGAUGAAUCAGGCCAUCAUGCUCUUUGCGGAGAACACCGGCGUUCACAUCGUCCGCCGCAACCUCUGCCGCAACUUCCUCCUGCAUCUCAUCAGCAUGCACGACUUCAACCUGGUGACCACCGCCACCAUCGACCGCGCCAUGGCCCGUCUGCGGCAGAUCAAGGAGGAGCUCCCGGAUGCUGAGGGUGGGGAGGAGCAGCAGAGCCAGGCUCUGGUGUCAGCGGGGACCUGUAACGGCAAUGCCAUCACCUCCACUGGGGGGAAACGGGGCAAGAGGACAAAAAGUGCACUCACUGACUGAUGAUGGAGGAUGAAACAACGAUUGUAGUGGUUUUUUUCUCCUUUUUCUUUAUUUUCCUUCUUCAAAUGAACAUUACCAACCCUUUGGUGCUUAGAUAGGUGCAAGAACCGAAUGAUCCUAGUACACAUGGUAAACAUGUUUUCGGAACUUGAAAACUGAACCAAAUAUGAACAAUAUAGAAGUGAAACACCGACAUCCGCACAGAGCAGGAAUUUGAGGACUGGUUGUAAGUCGAAUCCACUUCAUUCACAUUUCUUAGGAGCCACUGAAGUGUCUGCCUUUGAGUGAGAGCCUAAACAAACGAGUCGUAAUGUUUCGGUUUGUCCACGUCGGAGACGACUGCCUCAAGACUACAGUUAACUAUGUACUGGUAACGUCACUCUUGAUUAUUUGUACACAUACACAAUAAUCUUGUUGGGAUCUUAUCCUUUUAGCUGAUUUUUUUUAGCACUUGGUGUUUUUGUAUUUAGAAAGCUUACCUUUUAAAAAAAAAAAAAAUCUUUAAAAAAAAAUGUUUUCAUUCUACACCAAAUGUUAAAUGCAGUGUUUCCUCUGUCAGUGGAGAAACUUUUAGUGGGUUUGAUAUCACUAUUGUGACACUUGACUGGUAAUACAGUUACAGUACAAACCUACAUAAUGUCUAGAGUAUAUAAAGCCUGUAAAGCUUUUGUUAGGAGCCCUUAACCUAGAUUGUGGGUUUUGCUGGUAGGAUGCCACGACAUAAGUGAUAUACUGUCAGCCUUGGAUUCCAAACAAGAGAAUAAAUUCUGAUUUUGCGUCCAUGCUAUAAAGAAAAACGCACGCAAACCAUGCUCCAUCACCCCCUCAGCCUUUUUGCCUGCAUUGAUGAAAGCCAGGGAAAUACACUUUUCCCCACUACCUUGUUUCCCGAGACAACCAGCAGCACGUCGCAGAGUGCCCCGCAUUUUCCCUUCGCCUUUUAAGUUUCUUGACCCUUUCAGGUUCGAUCAUGUUGAAAUCACAAAGUGUUUUUGUUUUCCCAACAUGAGUUUGAAGUAUCGAAAGCCAUUGACAGAAUUGUGCUUACGUGUAAUCGCAUCAAAUGUUGAGCCGUGCCCCGUUCUGAGUCCAGUCACUGACGAGCAUCUUCUCUCAAAGCAAUACACGGUUUCAUUUGAUGGUUGGCUUUCAGGUCCAAGUUUGUUUGUCUUUUCGGUGCAGUUUAUGCCAAAGGCAAACAUUUUCUUUUAGUUCUGUGUAUUAUUUAGCAUCUUUUCUUUUCAUUCCAUAACAAAUUGUUGUUUUUUUGUUAAUUUUAAUGAGGGGAAAAAACAGCAGUCGUUGAUUUGUAGUUUCAUCCCUUGUGAUCAACUAUGGGGGGGGGGGGACAUUUACCAUUAUUAUUGAAACACCCUGUUUAAAAAUGUUUCACUGUACACUCUGGCUAGGGGGACUUGUAUAUUUAAAGAAAUAAAAGAAAUUUGUCCUAA